AUGGAGCCAUUGCAAGAGCUUGCCCGGCAGGUGGAACUCCUGCAGAAUGGGUCCCCAGAGCAGGUCAAAGCUGCCAGCCAUGCACUUGCGCAGUUUCAGCGCAGCCGCGACGCCUUGCGCCUGGCGCUGCCGCUGCUGCGCCUCGGCGGCUUCGCCGCCAUCUUCGGCGCAUCGGCGCUGGCGCAGCGGGCGCGCUACGCGGCGCCGGAGGAUUUGGCCGAUUGGCCGGAGGUGGCACCAGAGCUCCUCCAGCAUUUGCAGAGCCCGCAUUUGCCACCCGCCGCACGUCGCCAACUGGGCGCCGCCCUGGCGCGCUGCGUGGUCUCGUUGUGUGAUGCCUGGCCAUCCGCGCUGCAGGAAGUGCUGGGGCGCCUGGCGAGCUCACAGGUCACCACAACCUUAGAAUUCUUGCAGGCCUUAGCAGAGGAGCCCUUCAGUGGUCGCCUGCUGGUGGAUGGCUCGGUAAGGAGCCGUUUCUUGCUGGCGCUGAAGCAGCGGGAGCCGGAGAUCUUUGAGGCUCUCAACCAGGCCCUCCAGCAGCACAUGGGUCCGGCAAGCCUGGAAUGUGCUGCAGCGUGGUUGAGAGCGCAGCAGCUCUAUGAGGAGUGGCUGCCAAUGAUUGGUGGCGCGACGUCCAUCGCUGGUGUCCACCCAGCACUGGCGGCUCUCGCGCCGGUGCUCAUGGAGCAGGUGCCGCAGGCGAGUCACCGUCCUGAGCUCUUGUCACCGGUGGCGCUGCUCCUCGAGGCAGCGCUUCCCUUGGCCACGCAUCCAGACACUGCGAGGAUUGUCGGCCCCUUGUUGAUGACUCUGCACGAUCUGAGCCUGCAGAUCACAGGUGACGAGGAGGCCUUAGGCGCCCUGCUGGCCGUGCUGGGCGGCGCCUUCGCCACACCCAACGUGGCACUGGAGCCGCCGCUGCGCGCGGCCACGCUGGAUCUUGGCAUGCGCCUGAUGAUGGCCACUGGACCCCAAAGCAGCUUCGAGGUGGACGUGGAGGGUGGCUUAUUGGGCCGCUGCUUCGAUGCCUGGGAGAGCUUGGCCAGCUGGGUGGACGUCAAGACGGAUCGCAACUGCUGUGGCUUUCAGGCCUUCGAGAAGCUCUUGCAGGGAAUGCCUCAGGCGCUCCAACUGCCCGAGCACGAUGGCCGCGGCCGCGGCACGUGGAACGCCCAGCUGCGGCCGCGCACCGCGCAGCUGCUCACGGUGUGGUGCGCCGUGCCGGAGGCCUGGUCUCGGCCCGGCCAGGCGGAGCAAUGCCUCGGAGAACUCCUCAAAAAGAGAACGACCUUCGUCUCCUUGGAGUUCGCUCUCUCCUUCGCCGCUGCGGUGGCUGAAGCCUUGGCCGCCUCGAUGGACGGCGUCGGGCUCGCGGCCAACCACGAACGGAUCGCUUUUACACCUGCAUCCUUGAUGGAGGCGCUGGAGGUGGGUUACAAGGUCGCCAGCUUUUGGGAACUGCCCCAGAUGCAAGAUGCCACUGCGAGCUCGGCGCUGCUGCAGCCGUUGGAGGCAGCCGUGGCGGAGCUCAUUGUGUCUAUGGAUCCGUGGAUCGACGUGCAACGCUAUCGUCCCGAGUCCAACAGCUUCGAAAUGUUGGUGACGUGUGUCUUCCAGCUCUGCCGCUCGCCGCACGCGACGCCCGCGGCCGCCGAAGCGUUGAGCGUCGUGGUCUCAAACCUGGCGCCGAACCUGGCGCCCAUGGCCGAAGGAUGCUUCGGGAAACUGAAAGAGCUGAUCCUGGGGGACAACCAGCUGAGCAGCACCUCCAGGGAGCAGGUGGCCAAAGCCGCUCUGGGGCCCUUGCUUUCGGAGCUGUCCGAAACUGUACAGGUCCGGGCGCUCCAUUCCAUCUUGGAGCCACUCCGCGUGCACGCGCCGCCCUGUGAGCCCACGCCUCAGCGCAUCAGUUGCUGGCGGCUCUUGUUCGCCAUCCUGGCAGCUCCGACGCCAGAGCGCCCGGAGGCCUCGCUGGAAUGGCUUUCGGAGCACUGGGCCUGGUUCGAAGUCUCCCUGAUGACCGGCGACUCGGCCUGCGAGGCAGCCACCACCUUCCUGGAGACGGCCCUCACUCGCACCCGUGGAAUGCCUGCCUGUGCCAGCGCCUUGCUCUCGCGUGCACUGCCGGCGCUGGCGAACGCCGCUAUCCUGAAAGGCUCGUCGCCCGCGCUGCAAGCGGUGGCGCAGCUGGCGCGGAUCUUCAAAGGCGGCGACGAGCACACAGCGCCCAUGUUGGCGCUGCAUGUCCUGCAGAUCGCAGAGCAGCUCCUGGGAAAGCUCAGCAAGACACAGGAUUUGCCCCCCGAUCUCUUUGCCGCCCUCUUGGAGCUCUUCGUCGUCUCGCUGGCGCCGCGCGCGGUGCGCCUGGCGCCGGCGCUGCUGGGCGCGGCGGUGACGCAGGCGGCGCUGGAGCAGGCGGCGCAGCUGUUGGAGGAGGCGGUGAAUCCGAAGCUCAGCUGCUGGGCCUUGCUCUUCAUUGGCCGCUUGCCUCUGUGGCUUCCAAAGGAGGAGACGCAGCAAAGCGUCAGGCGGCUCUUGGAGCAGACGUUGCCAAAGAUAUGCCUCGCCUUCCAGCGGUUAUUGGCGCAGCCGGUGGCCAAAGACACCGAGGUCAUGAGCACCCUGGCGGAGGUUCUGAUCUCACUGCGCAAAGCCUUGGGGCUCGACUUCGAUCGCAGCCUGCAGCCCUUCCCGGUCGCCGUGGAGCUGUUGCCGAUGCUGCAGGAUCCGUUGCUGACGGAGGAGUGGCCCGGUGGACGUGGACGGAUGAGUCAUGCCAUCCAGGCUGUACCGGCGACGGGAAUGUAA